UCUGCUUCAUCAUCAAGAAAAAGACCAAUCAAACAUAUUUUGAUAAACUUUUCAUCUAUCCACUCUUUAUCGUCACUAUCUAUUACAAGUUCACUUGGUAUAUAUUUAGCAGCCUGAAGAAUCUCAAAAGAAUCAAUGGUUGAUGCAUCACUACCCUCUUGAGUUCCACAAAAUGAAACAAACAGCAGCUAUGGCAGAAACUAGAAUACCAAAACCAGCCCCAAAGUCAAGGUAUGGUCCAAGCUUUGAUGAAAUAGAAAGAAGAGAUCCGGUGCAAUGGCAUACUGCUCAUCAAGCUUGGGUAAAGGAAAGAGUUGUUGAACAAGAGAUGGUGAAAAUUUACAAAGAACGCAUGUCUGAGUGCUACCAAAGAGAACAAGAGAACUUCCCACAAUUGUGCAGAAAACAGAUCUUAGAUUAUUGGAAUGCUUUUCAAGCGUGGAAAAAGAAAGACUGGGGCGUGACAGAGGAAGGUUCGGUGUAUAGAUUUAAAGUUCCUAUCGAAGAAUAUUACAGAGAAGUGGAGGCUUUAUAUGAUGAGAAAUGAAAUGUUUGUAUAUGUUCUUUAAUAACAAUAAUAUGUACAGUGAA